AUUUCGUCGACAAAAUAUCUGCUUGAACAGCGCACCACAUAUUUGUGGCUUUUAUCCAAGUUUUAAUAUUUUCCAAUUGUACAGUUACAGUGUCUGGAUUCGUAAUCCUUCGCUCGCGUAUAACUGAGGAUUUUCAGUGUUUUUUAAUAUAUUCUUUUAAAGUGUGACAAUUAUAAAUCAUCAAGAGAAGAGGAAGGUUCAGGGAGAAACCUUUACCACGAUGCUGAGCGGCGGCGCCGUGAUCCGCAUUGGGUUUGUGAUGACGCUACUGGGCGUGAUCCUGCAGUUCAUAGGCGUGGCCACGGUGAACUGGCAGGUGUCUGAGCAUGGCAACUCCACCCUCGGGGUGUUCACGCGCUGUGACCAGGACGUCUGCCGUGACUUCAUCGCCAACAACCCUAGCAUGGACGCCCACCUAACUUGCAGCAAGGUCCUGGUGGUAAUUGGCCUCAUUUCCGGUGUGCUGUCCAUCAUGCUGACCAUCGUGUACGAGGUGUCUGUGGACUUCCCCAUCACACAUCUCGUCGACAUUGUUCACAAGUCUUUGCAAGGGACAGCCCUGGCAGCCUUUUUAGGCUACGUCAUCAGCGCAUUUUUCUCCCUGGUGGGCUUGAUCGUCUGGGUUGUCGGCGUGUUUCCCGGAAACUCAAGAUUCCAACUUGGCUACUCUGUGGUUUUCCUUCUGACCAGCUGUCUCUUGGUCUUCCUGGGCAGUGUGGUCAUCAGCCACGGCGUCGUGAGACAGAUGACCUUCCACGAAAACCUCGAGGAGGGAUUCCCCUCUGCCAACAGUCCAAACAGUUCCGGUAACCGACCGGAGCUGGAGAUCUUUGUGCCCCCGGAGACUGGCACUCUCAGACGUCGGACAGACGCGAACCGCAUGUUUCCCGAGUUCAACCAGUUCACCCAGGUGAGGGCGACGCCGAAUGAUUACGUGGCCCUUCCUAGAGAAGAAAUCGAGAUGCAACCUCUUAUGAUCCCAGAGGACAAUUCAGAGGACAACUCAACGUCAAAUGCUGAAGAGUCAAACAGUGAAGAUGGUCUGAAUAGUUCGGACAGUCUGCCGCUGGAGGAGCCCGGGAUCUUUGAGCCGCUUGUCGAGACCGAGUCAGGCGGUGGCGCUGCCGUUACUGUUCAGCCUGGACAACGUGGAAAGAAGCUGGUGCAAAUGAAACGAUUGGCUGAUCACCAGAGACGUUUUUCGGGGACGAAACAGUUAAAAUCUCGACUGGUUGUCCAAACAUCUCAGAUCGAAGAACUCCCAGAAGUACCAGAAGCUUCAGAACAUGAACACGAAAACUUUGAAGAGGAAAAACAGGAAGAGGAAAAACAGGAAGAGGAAAUGCCGGAAGAGGAAAUGCCGGAAGAGGAAAUGCCGGAAGAGGAAAUGCCGGAAGAGGAAAUGCCGGAAGAGGAAAUGCCGGAAGAGGAAAUGCCGGAAGAGGAAAUGCCGGAAGAGGAAAUGCCUAAAGAGGAAAUGCCUAAAGAGGAAAUACCGGAAGCAGGGAAGCAGCAAAUUGCUACAGCCGAGACCCCCAAAUCUCCAACGGUUGCAGCCGAGACUCCUAAAGCUCAAACCCCCAGAUCGAAAAUCCCACAACCUCUUUCCCCUGUAUCAAAAGUCACCCCAAAAUCUCUCGCCCACAGAGGCCAGAGCAGCUCAUCCCCGGCGUCCACACCGCGGACCCCAGAGUCUGAUACUGGGAACUUCAACAUUCCAAAAGCAACUCAGCGACCACAGUCGCCGUGCACCCAGCAGCCCAAACCCCUGCCACCGGUGUACACAUCCCCUUCACGGAACGGCCUGGUCCACCAAAUCAAGUCUUUGACUCGGCCAAAAAGCUCAAAGCCGGACCAGGAUGUUCGUGGUAUUAGGACAGUUCCUGAACGUGCCUCAGGGAACAAAUCCAACGAACCCGAAAAGGGUGAAGACAGGCUUCCUGUUCCAAAGAGUGACAAGAGAAACAUCCUGAACGGUUCGUCUGUCACAGGGAGAUCCUCAGCUGACGUAGAGAACCCACAGCCUGGAGGAGAUUCACCUCUCAAAAAGAACCCGUCUCUUAACAAUAAUCUGGAGCCUGGAAUGGAAGACAGAGUUCAGACUGACGGAGUUGCUGUUCCCGCCAGUUCUCUCGGAGCCUGUGCCGGGCCGGCUGAUCCCAAAAGUUCUCUUGGAUCCGAAACAACCCCUGUUUUGCCAGGAGCAAACAAAGAUUCUAAUUUUCUGAAGUCAGGUCUUCGUGAAGUCCAUGCCACUCUCGACACUGCCAGUGGUCUCGUUGGAGAACGUCAAGAUCAGCAAAUGUCGGAGAAAUCUGGUGGAGCUUAUGCCAUCCCCGAGGGAGCACAAGCCGUGCCAGAAGUUCCCGGAAGUCCCCCAAGAGACAACGUCAGUGUAGCUGCCGGAAGGUUUUCCUUGGGGACCUAUGACGACAGAGACAUCCGGAAGUCUCCCGGGAAAGUGAGUCCUCUUCGCCAUACAGCAAGGUCGCAGAGAGCUUGGAAGAAUCCAUUUAGUCCUGUCAAAUCUGGAAGAUCUUUAACCGAUCCAGACGUUCUUGCAAACUCCUUUGAAAUUGAUCCAACUGCUGAAGCCAAUGGAAAGUCCCUGUCAGCCUCAGGUGGUGGGAUAACUUUAGGGAGUUCUCAUGAGGCUCCAGGAAACCUUGACCGUCCUAGGAGUUCCCCAGGAGCGCGAGGCGGUCCAGGGAUCGCCAAAGCAUUUUCUGGGGCUGGCUCUAGUUCAAAGAUGUCCCUCCUACCUCUGCCCCUGGCCCAGUCUGAGCGCUCAGCGGCCUCCACACCAGGACGAAGACGCCACCCCGCGGGUGAUGUUGCCCACCAGAAUGAGGCCGGAAGUUCGGACCAGGAAGAUGCUGAGACCAUGAUCUAGCUAUUCUGGGACGUCGUUUUAUGUAUGUUCUGUAUAUACCCAUUUCCCCAUUGUUCUUUAUUUAAAUAGAAAUCACCCCGCAAGCACUCUGCCGUCUUAUGACAAAAAAUAAAAAAUGUACACUAUGCGUAUUUAGGUCAAGUAGCUUUUUUUAUACAGCCUUUUCAUGGCGCGUUUUUCUACCUCGGUUCUAUUUCUCUACAAUUGAAAUUAAGGAAUUUUUGGGCUUUUUGAAAAAUAUACGUUGUGACCUAAUUGCACAUCGAUGUUAUGAAAAAUUAAAUUUGACUCAAGUAUUCCAUAACUAUUUCCUGUAUACCUCAGAAAUUCCGACCGCCCAAUAAAUAUUUACAUAAAAUAGGCAGAUCAACCGAAAUUUUAGUUAAUUUGAAAUUCGCACAAAAAGCUAGUUUUUGCCACUUGUAAAAUUUCAUUUUUGGCAUAUACGUUUUUCCGUGGCAAGACGGCGGGCAUUGCAGAUACCCAUUUUCCCCACUGUUCUGUAUAAGAUCUAUAACCACUUAUACUAAGCACUGUAUGUAUAUAUACCCCCUUUCUCAAUCUUUCUGCAGUAAAAUAGAAACCACUUAGCUUUGAAGAUACUCAUUUUCACCAUUGCUUGCGUUUAUUAUUAAGAUAGAAACCACUUACUAAGCACUGCAGAUUUAGUAUUUUAGCAAUAGUUCUGCACAAAGAUAGAACCACUUUGCGCUGAAGAUAAUCAUUUUCUCCAUUGUUCUGCAGCAAGAUAGAGAAACCCCUUCGUAAUCAUCUCUUUACAGAGAAUCCACCUCGAAGAGAACCCCUUUUAUUAUUUCCGUUAGCGACAACACCCAUAGUUUGUCUCUACAUAUAACCCAACUGUGUAACCCGUAAUAUAUUCUGGCAUUUGUCUUCAUUAUUAAGUUUGUAUCAUUAUAAUAUACCAUAAAAACUGUUUAAAAAAAAAGAAAAAAAGGAGAAAACUGUCAUGUACAAUUGAGAUAAACUUUUAUAUCGCGAACACGAAUACAACUGUAUAUUACGAACAAUAAUUGAGACAGAACUUUGUAUCACGAAUAAUGAUUUUAAAAAAGCUUUGCCAAUAAUUGAGAGAACUGUAUAUCCCGAUCAUUGAUUGAAAUAACCACUUGAAGAAAACUAUAUUUGUUUAGCUCGUUUAUUUAAAGCAAAAGAUUUUUAAACAUUUACAUCAAACUUAGAAACUUAGUGUCAAUAAAGUUCGAGAGAAAUCUAAAAUAAUACAGCAAUAAUCGAUCCUUUGAGCAGAUAUAUUUCUAAACUUUGCAUCACUGAACACGCCUGUUACGAUGGAUGAGGCAGUAUAAAUAACACUUUAAAAUCUUUAACAUUCGUAUAAAGAGCUUUAUGUUCACCUGUGGGAGCUGAUUUGAUCAAUAUUUUAUUUAAAUCAAUUUGUAAAAGACAUUUUUAUAGUUAAAUUUUUAAUAAGUAGAAAUUCUGCGUUGUUCGCUAACAUUAUUAAAUAUUUCGAUGUUGUGGCAA